AUGCCCUUUUCUGGUGCAACCGGACCCUCCGAGGAACCACUCUGGAGCUCAAGGCCACCCUGCAGGGAAAUGGAGUCGAAAGUCUCCGAAGGUGGCCUGAACGUCACCCUCACCAUCCGGCUGCUGAUGCAUGGCAAGGAAGUUGGAAGCAUCAUUGGAAAGAAAGGAGAGACUGUGAAGAAGAUGCGUGAGGAGAGUGGGGCAAGGAUCAACAUCUCAGAGGGGAACUGCCCUGAGCGAAUCGUGACCAUCACCGGCCCCACCGAUGCCAUCUUCAAGGCUUUUGCCAUGAUUGCCUACAAAUUUGAGGAGGACAUAACCAACUCAAUGAGCAACAGCACUGCUACCAGCAAACCUCCAGUGACACUGAGACUGGUUGUGCCAGCUAGUCAGUGCGGCUCACUGAUCGGCAAAGGAGGCUCCAAGAUCAAGGAAAUCAGGGAGUCAACAGGUGCUCAGGUUCAAGUGGCAGGGGACAUGCUGCCCAACUCCACAGAGCGGGCGGUGACAAUCUCGGGGACACCCGACGCAAUUAUCCAGUGUGUCAAACAGAUCUGUGUGGUGAUGCUGGAGUCCCCACCAAAAGGUGCCACCAUUCCCUACCGCCCAAAGCCCGCCUCCACCCCUGUCAUUUUUGCAGGUGGUCAGGCCUAUACAAUUCAGGGACAAUAUGCUAUUCCACACCCGGAUCAGUUGACCAAGCUCCACCAGUUGGCUAUGCAGCAAACCCCCUUUACUCCCCUUGGACAGACCACCCCCGCUUUCCCUGGAGAAAAGCUGCCCUUACAUUCCUCCGAAGAAGCUCAAAAUCUGAUGGGCCAAUCAUCAGGUUUGGAUGCCAGUCCCCCGGCCAGUACUCAUGAACUCACCAUUCCCAAUGAUCUAAUAGGCUGCAUAAUCGGACGCCAAGGGACCAAAAUCAAUGAAAUUCGGCAAAUGUCGGGAGCGCAGAUCAAAAUCGCCAAUGCCACGGAAGGGUCAUCGGAGCGCCAAAUUACCAUCACAGGAACCCCUGCAAACAUCAGCCUUGCGCAGUACCUCAUCAACGCCAGGCUGACGUCUGAGGUCACUGGAAUGGGCGCACUCUAA